CCAUGAGCAAAGUUGAAUCGCCCGAGCGUUACGCAUAGGCCUCACGCUACAGCAUUUGUUGAGAAUACUCGCUUGCCCACAGAUUGCUUGGAGUCACAUAACAGCAUGUACUCGGCGGGCACGGACAAGUCUGCGGGGUUGAUGGACUAGUUUUGUGCGCGGGCGCCCCAGCAGUGAUUCCUACCUCUUCGUGAUCUUUACUCGACACGCACGCAUGCAGCCAUCAGCUAGUUUAUGUCGCGCUGAGUGCGCGGCCGGCGCUGCGCCUUCAGCUGUCCCGGCGACUUCUUCCCUACGAGUGUCGCACGGAGCAGUGCGGGCGCGCGCGCAUCAGCAAAAAUGCCUUGGAGUGCUCGCAGGCGGGCCGGACUCGCAUGGUCUGCGAUCUGCGCCAGCCCCUGCUGGAAAAAGGCGACCGACAGUAUGCCGCGCUGGUGGUGAAGGCCUCCUCCACGAGGGCCCUGAGGCCGGGAAAGGCUUGGGCGGGGCUGGGAGCGCCUGCCCGACCGGCGCCAGCGGCGACGCUCGCCAAGUGAGCGCCAGUGCCGCCUCCCCCGCAUCCGUUGGUGCUGGCAGUGCCAAGGCCGGCACGAGGCCGUCCGGUGGUCCUGCUGGCCGGCCGGCGCAGCCGCCCAUCGUGGAGGUGGUGCUUGACGCCGAAGAUGCCGUGGCCCAGCCACCCACACCGUCCCCGGCUGCGGGCACCACGCGCGCCAAAGCCCCCGGCAGCAGCCCAGCUUCGAACGCCGCGGCCGCAGCCUCCUCCAAAGCUUCCAAGUCGGCAGCCGCCAAGCCGGGGGCGAAGGCCCCGGCCACGCCUGCGGCUGCGGCUGCGGCUCCGCCGCCGCCGCGCACCCGGGCCAAGCUGCGCUUCCUGGUUCCGUCGUUCGCGACUCAGCCGGGUCAGCACCUGGCGGUGGUGGGCCACUGCCCGGAGCUGGGGUUCUGGGACCUGAGCAAGGCGCUGGUGCUGGCCUGGGGCGAGGGCCACCGCUGGAGCGGCGAGGUGGAGGUGGACUACAAGGGCGCACAGAACACCGAGUUCAAGGUGAUAAUGGUGGACAGCCGCUCCAACACGGUGCUGUGGGAGCCCGGCACAAACCGCAUCCUCAAGACCCAGUCCGACGCGGAGGCCGCCGGGGCGGGCGACCUGCCGCAGCUGCUGCACUGCGACUGGGGCAACGAGACCAGCCACCAGGCGCCCCCGGCAGCGGCCGCAGCAGCCGCCGGGGCCGCGGCCCUGGGCGAGGGCGUGCUGCGGGCACGUGUGCAGAUUGUGGUGCCGCUGUAUGUGGGCGGGCCGGGGCAGCGGCUGGUGCUGGUGGGCAGCGGGCCGGGGCUGGGCAACUGGGACGUGUCGCGCGGCGUGCAGCUGAGCAGCUCGGCCGGCCACAUCUGGCGCGGCGAGGUGGAGCUGCCGCUGGGCGUCAUGCUGGAGGGCAAGCUGGUGGUGGUGGGCCCCAACGGCGAGCAGCGCUGGGAGGCUGGGCCCAACCGCACCCUCAGCCUGGCGGUGCCUCCGCCGGAGGACAUCCUGCCGCCGCCGGAGGACGCGCCCGAGGGCACCAAGCCCACCGAGGUGUCGGGCCACUACGUGGUGCUGGCGCACUGGGGCAUCACCGGCUGCUCGCAGGCGCUGUACCGGCCCGCGGUGGACUCGGACGCAGCCAAGGGCGGCCCUCUGUCCGACGGCCAGGUGUUGUCGCUGGUGCACUUCACGGUGCCGCAGUACGUGACGGUGCCGGGGCAGCACCUGGUGCUGGUGGGCAGCGUGCCGGCGCUGGGCGGCUGGAACCCCACCAGCGGCGUGCAGCUCAAGUGGGAGCCGGGGCACAGCUGGAGCGCGGAGCUGCUGCUGGGGCCGGGGCAGGACAUAGAGGCCAAGGUGGUGUACUACGACAACGGCCGCUACAGCUGGGAGCCGGGCCCCAACCGCUCGCUCAAGCUGAGCGAGGUGCUGCGCGACGCCACGCCGGGGUCGGAGCCGCUGUUCACCUGCUACUGGGGCCACACGCCCACCACACCGGUGGUGGUGGUGCCCAAGCGCCACCCGCGCGACCUGCCCGCCGACCUGGAGCUGGUGGAGGGCGAGGUGCUGGACCCGGUGGGAGGCAGGCAGCAGCAGCGCCCGCCGCCGCCGCGGCUGCAGGACGUCGUGUUCGGGGAGGGCAGAGGCCCCACGCCCGAGAGCGACGCGAUGCUGCGCUUCCUGGUGUUCAUGAUGUCCACCUUCAUCACCGCCAAGCCGCCGCCGGGCGCCGCCGCCGGAGCCGCUGCCGCCGGAGCCGCCGCCGCUGCCAGCGCCGCCGCCGCCACUGCCGCCGCCGCCGCCUCCUCCUCCUCCGACGCGGUGGUGGACGCCUCGGUGGCUGCGGCGGCCUACGAGGCCCAGCUGGAGUCCAUGCGGCAGGCGCUGCGGGCGUCGAAGUUCCGCAACACCAAGCUGAGCUGGGAGCUGAGCGAGACGCGGCGGAAGUAUGAGUCCAGGCUGGAGGAGCUGGCUCGGACGACUCGGGACUCGGAGGUGGCGGCGGUGUUGGCGGCGGCCUCCAGCGCGCUCAGCAGUGGCGCCCUAUCCGGCGCGGAGGUGGACGUGGGCUCCUCCGUGGAUGACGUGGCGGCCGCAGCGGCAGCCGCGGCCUCGGAGAUGGGACCGCAGGCUCUGUCUGCGGCUGUGUCGGCGCUGGCGGGCGCCGUGCCGGCGCUGGAGCUGCAGCAGCUGCGCGACAUGCUCAAGGCCCACGACGAGGCCAACGUGGCGUUUGAGGCGCGCGCGCGGCAGCAGGCCAACAAGGGCGCGGCGCCCUCCGCAAGGGCCAGGCAGGAGUUGGUUGCUGUCGAGAUGGCCCUGGUGGAGGCGCGUGACGCCCUGCGCAGCCGCCUGAAGGACAUCGCCGCCGGAUCCCUGGGCGGCCCAGCCGCGGCGGCGGUGCGCUACGCCGCCGCCACCGCAGCCAUGGAGGCCGCCGCGGUCGCUGCCUCUGUGGCGGCUGCUGGGGCCGGUGUGGACGGGGCGGUGCCGCCGGCGGUUGCCGCGGCGGCCGCGGCGCUGGCGGCGGGCGCUGGCGGCUCCGCCGCGGCCUCGGCUGCUGCCGAGGUUGACUCGCUCAAGGCCCAGCUCAAGCAGUUGCUGUCACAGCGCAGCCAGCAAAUGGAGUCAGCACGGCAGCAGAACAGGGAGGCAGAGGAGCGCAACGCUGCGCGCAUCUCCGCGCUGGAGUUGGAGCUGCUGCAGCUGCAGCAGCAGUCGCUGGCCGCCACCAUCACGGCCGCGGACGCAUCGGCCGCGGUGGAGGAGGCCAACGCUGCCGCUGACAGCAUGAUGGCAAGCCUCCGCCAGGCCCUCAUCUCUGCGGAGAAUGGCCGCGCUGUUGCCGCGUCAGCCGCCGAGACGCUGCGUGCCGCCUUCGACGUGCGCGAGGCGGAGCUGCAGGCGCAGUUGGAGUCGGAGCGCGGCCGCUUCCAAAUGGCGCUGGAGCAGGCCAAGGCGGCGGGCGCCGCGGCCACCGCGGCGGCGAUGGAGGAGAGCACUGCGCAGCUGCGGGCUGAGUUCUACGUGCGCGAGGCGGAGCUGGUCCGCUCGCUGGAGGAGGCACGGGAGCGCUACAAGGCCGAAGCUGCAGCGGCUGCGGCUGAGGUGGCGGCGCGCGAGGCCGAGGUGGCGGCGCGGCACAGCGCCGAGCUGACGCGGCUGCGUGAGGAGAGGGAGGCGGCGCUGGCGGCGGCGCGGGCCGAGGCGGAGCAGCAGCGCGCGGACGGCGACACCUGGGCUGCUUCGCUCCGGGCGGCGGCGGCGGCUCGUGAGGAAGAGGUGCAGGCCAAACUCCAGGCUGCCCAGGCGCGCUAUGACAAGCUGGUAGCCGCCGCUGCCGCGGAGCGCUCGGCGGCCCGCGCCGCCGCGGACAAGGCGGCCGCGGAGCUGACGUCGCGUCUGGCGGCCAGCGACGCGGCCGCUGCGGAGCUGGGCUCGGCGCUGCAGGAGGCGCGCGGCGAGGUGGCGAAGACGCGGGCAGAGCUGGCGCAGGCGCGCAGCUCCGGCUUCACCAUCGCCCGCAAUUAUGAGGAGCUGGCCUGGCAGCUGAGUGCGGCGCUGUCCGAGGCGGCCAACGCCAACGAGUUCCGUGCCCUGGAGGGGGCCGCGGCCUCAGAGGCCGAGACGGCGCUCAAGGCCGAGAUCGCGGCGCUCAUGUCGCGGGCCUCGCAGCUGGAGGCGCAGCUGGCGGCCGCCACCCGCCAGUACGAGGCAGACCUGCUGGCGGCGGAGCAGGUGGCGGUGGCGGCGCGUGAGGCGGCGCUGGCGGCUGCCCAGUCCCAGUUCGAGGCGGCCAGCAGCGCCAUGAGGGCGGCGCAUGCGGAGCAAGUGGCGGCGGCCGAGGCGCGGCUGGCGGAGAUGGAGGGGGCGCUGCAGGCUGCGGAGCAGAAGGCGAAGGAGACGGAGGCUGCCGCGGCGGCAAGCCUGGAGUCGACGCAGCAGGUAAUGCUGCAGCAGCUGGAGGCGGCGCGGUCGGAGGCUGCGACGCGGCUGGAGGCGGCACGUGAGGAGAUGGACGGCCGGCGCCGUGAGCUGGAGGCGGCUGUGGCCGCGGCUGCUGCCGAGCUGGCGGACACCAAGCAGCAGUACGAGGCGAGGCUACUGGAGCAGCAGACGCGCCUGAUGGAGGAGCUCGCCGCCCGCCGGGAGGACCUCAAGUCCGCAGCGGCCGCGGCGUCCAGGAUGCGCAUGGAGCGAGAUGCCCUGGCCGCACAGCGGCUGGCGGACCUGCGCACCGAGCUGGAGGCCGCAGCCGCCGCCCGCGAGCAGGCUCUGCAGCGGCGCCAGCAGGCGGACAUGCAGCGCGCCGCCACCGCCUAUGCCGAGGUGGCGGCGCAGCUGGUGGACAUGCAGCUGUCGGCGGCGGCGGCGCAGGAGGCCUCGCAGGAGGAGAAGGAGGCGCGCAUGGAGGAGGUGCGGAAGGCGCGGGCGGCGUACGAGGAGAUGGCGGCGCGGCAGCAGGCUAUCGCCGAGGACCAGCUGCGUGCCGAGCUGGACGCGCUGUCCGCCAGCCACGCCGCCGAGCUGUCGCAGCUCGAGGCCCUGCACGCGGAGCAGCUGGCGGAGCGCGCCGCGGCGCUGGAGGAGGUGGCGUCGGUGCUGGGAGGCGAGGUGGAGGCGCUGCGCGGAGAGCUGGCCAGCCGCCAGGAGAUGUACACGGCUCUGGCUCGCGACCAGGCGGACUUGGCCGCCUCCGCCGCCGCCGCGCAGAAGGCGGUGGCGGAGCUGGAGGCGCAGCUGGCCGCCGCCAACGGCCGCCACGCGGCGGAGCUGGAGCAGCUAAGGACUCAGCAGUCCGCGCUGCUGUCCAACGACCUGGCCUCUGCCCGUAUGGAGGUGGAGCAGGCGGCGGCCGCCACCGUGGCAGCGGUAAAAGCCGAGCAGCAGGCGCAGGUCGCGGCGCUCACGCAGCAGGUGCAGGAGGCCCGCGCCGCGCUGGCGCAGCAGCAGGAGGCGGCGGCGGCGCAGCAGGUGGCGCUGGAGGCGGCGGCGGUGAAGCAGCGCACGGUAGAGGAGCUGUUGGCGGUGGCGGUGGCGGACCAGGCGGCGGCGCGGGCGGACUACGAGCGCCAAUUGGAGGCGGCGGCGGUGGAGCUGGCCCGCACGCGGCAGCAGUACGAGACACGCCUGGUGGAGCAGCAGAUGCGCAUCCUGACGGAGGUGGCUGAGAAGCGCGAGGCGCUGGAGGCGCAGGCCGAGGCCCUGGCAGAGGAGCAGCUGGCGGGCGCCCUCCGCCUGCAGGAGCAGCUGGGCGAGGCCCUGGCGGCGCACCGGGCGCAGGUGACGUCCCUGACACUCGAGCACACGCGGCAGGUGGCGGCGCAGGAGGCCAGCUUCCAGGCGCAGCUGGCGGACCUGGCGACUAAGCUGGGCGAGGCGCAGCACGAGGCCGAGGAGGCGGCCACCCGCCAGCAGGAGGCGGCGCUGGCGGCGGCGGAGGCGCAGCGCAGGCUGCAGGAGGAGGCCGCGGCGCAGCUGCAGCAGGCGUCCGCGGCAGCUGCCACUGCCGCCCUGAAGUACAACCAAGAGCUUGAUGCCAUCAAGUCGUCGCUGCAGACACAGGUUGACGACGCACGUGCGCUGCAGUCGGCUGCCGCCGCGGAGGCUGCAGCCAUCCGCAGCCAGGCCGAGGCGGCGGCGCUCGAGGCGGCGGCGGACGCGAUGGCGCUCCAGUCGGUCGCAACUGCGGCGGAGGCGGCAGCGGCGGCCGCAGCUGCUGAUGCUGCAGCGUCCGCCGCCCAGGUGCAGGACCUGCAGCAGCAGCUGGGGGCUGCACAGGCGGCGGCGGCGGCGCAGCUGGCUGAGGCGCAGGCGCGCAGCGAGGCGGCCCUGGCAGCGCUGAAGGAGGCGCAGGCGCGGGAGCUGCAGGCGCUAUCGGCGCAGCUGCAGUCUGCCCAGCAGGCGGCGGCGGAGGCGCAGAAGGCCGCAGCGGAGGCAGCUGCGCGCGAGCAGCAGGCCCUGACGGAUGGAAGCGCCAAGACGGAGGCUUUGGCCGGCGAGGUGGACGCCGUGCGCGCCGCCCUGACCGCGCAGCUGACGGACGCGCAGUCGCAACAGCAGGCGGCAGAGGCAGAGGCCGCCGCGACCAAGGCGCAGGCGCAGCAGCUGCAGCAGGCGCUGGCGGCGGCGCAGGCGGCGGCGGCGGCUGACCUGGCGGCGGCUGUGGCGCGCAGUCAGCAGGAGGUGGCGGCGCUGAAGGAGGCGCAAGGGCUGGAGUUGCAGGCUCUGACGGCGCAGCUGGUUGUCGCAAAGAAGGCGGCGGAUGAGGCGGCCGCCCGGGAGAAGAAGGUUCGCGAGGAGGCAGCGGCCAAGGAGGCGGUGCUGCAGUCCCAGCUCGAGGCCACCCGCGCCGAGGCCGGCGCCGCCCGCGCCGCCCUGGCGGCCCAGCUUGCCGAGCUGCAGGUGCAGAAGGAUGCGGCCGCUGCGGGCAUGGAGGCCACCAAGGCCCAGGUGAUCGACCUGCAGGGCCUGCUGACGGCGGCGCAGGCGGCGGCGCAGGCGGUGCUUGGCGACGCGGAGAAACGGGGCAAGCAGGAGGCGGCGGCGCUGAGGGAGGCGCACGCCAAAGAGCUGCAGGCCCUCACUGCGCAGCUGCAGGCGUCGCAGCAGGCGGCGGCGGAGGCACAGAAGGCUGCUGCCGACGGCGCCACCCGGGAGCAGGCCCUUUCUGGUGAGGUGGAAUCGGCGCGCGCCGCGCUGACCUCCCAGAUUGCCGACACCAAGGCGCAGCAGGCUGCCGCGGGGGCGGAGGUGGCGGCAGCGCGUGCCCAGGCGGAGGCUUUGCAGCGCCGCUACGAGGAGGAGCAGGCGGCGGCGGCGGCGCAGCUGGCGGAGGCGCAGGCGCGCAGCGAGGCGGCGCUGGCGGCGCUGAAGGAGGCGCAGGCGCGGGAGCUGCAGGCGCUGUCCUCGGAGCUGGCCGCGGCAAGGAAGGAGGCGGAGGAGACGGCGGCACGCGAGAAGCAGGCGCUUGCCGACAGCGAAGCCAAGGCUGCAGCUGCGGCCAAGGAGGCGGCAGCUCUUCGCGCGCAGGUCCAGGCGGCCGAGGCGACCGCCGCUGCGGCCGCUGCCGAGGUGGCGACACUGAAGGGCGUGACUGAGGAGCUGAAGAGCCUCAUGGCAGAGGCGGAGAAGAGCUUCAAAUCCGAGCUGACGGCGACGGCUAGCCGCGGCGAGGCGGCGGUGGCGGCACUGAAGCAGCAGCACGCCGAGGAGCUGCAGGGUCUGAACGCGCAGCUGCAGGCGGCGCUGCAGGAGGCGGUGGAGGCUGCUCAGCGCGAGCAGAAGGCGCGCGCCGAGAGCGAGGCCGCCGCAGCUGCCACCGCGGCGGCGCAGCAGCUCACCGCGGACGACCUGGGUCAGCAGCUGCAGCAGGCCACCGCUCUGGCGGCCGCCAGCGCGCUUAUGCACCAACAGGAGAUCGAGAACCUCCGCGGCGCGGCGCAGCAGCAGGUGGCCGCGGCCGCGGCGGAUGCGGCAGAUGCGCGUGCGCAGGCGGCUGCCGCAGCCGCUGAGGCGGCAUCGAGCCGCGCAGCCGCGGAGGAGCUGCAGCGGCGCGCGGACGAGUUGGCUGAGCGCUACAAGGCAGAGCUGGAUGCGGCGGCGGGCCGGCAGUCGGCGGAGCUUGCAGAACUGAGGGAGGCGCAGGCCAAGGAGCUGCAGGCCAUGCGUGCGGCCGCCGCGGAGGCGCUGGCGAAGGCGGAGGUCGCUGUCGAGGAGGCGGAGGCCCGGCACCAGCAGGAGCUGCAGGCGGCGCAGGCCGCCGCCGCCGCCGCCGUGGCGGACCUGGAGGCUCGCCUGGCGGACAGCCGCCGCUUCGGCGAGGAGGCCUCCCGCGCCGUGGCCGAGUGGCGCGUGAAGGCGGACGAGGCAAACGCCGCGGCCGUUGCGUCCCGCCGCAAAAUGGAGGAGGCGCAGCGGCAGGCGGCGGAGGCGCAGCGGCAGCUGAGCGACGCCGCCAAGUCCACGGGCGACGUCAGCAUGUUGGCGGAGGCGCGCGCCGCGGCGGUGGCGGAGGCGCAGGCCGCGGAGGCGGAGGCCAAGCGGCUGGCGGAGGAGCGGUCGGCGGUGGCGGCCGAGCUGCAGGGCAAGCUGGAAGCGGCGCUGGGCGAGCUGUCGGGCUUGGCGGCGGUCAUGGGCGCCACACAGGCGACGCACGAGGCGGAGAUGAGGGCGGCGGAGGCUCGUGCCAUGCAGCAGUCCCAGGCACUCCUGGAGGAGCUGCAGGGCGCGUGGGCGUCCAAACAGGCGGCGGUUGCUGAGCUGGAGGAGCAGCUCAACACCAGCCGCCAGUCGGAGGCAGCCGCCAAGGCUGCAGCUGAGGCACUGCAGCGCCAGGCGGCGGCGGCCCAGGAGGCGCUGUCGGCGGCCGAGGCGCGCGCCGCUGCGCUGCAGAAGCAGCUGCAAGAUGAGAAGGCGGCGGCGGUGGCGGCGCAGGAGGCCGCAGCGCGUCAGCAGCAGGCGGCCGUGGCCAAGCGCGAGGCUGACCUCAAGUUCGCGCACGCCAAGGAAGUGGCACUGUUGCAGACGCAGCUCACGGACCUGCGCACACAGCACGCAGCACAGCUGGCGCUGCGUGACGCCGAGCUGGAGACCGCGCGCGCCGAGGCGGCAGCGGCGCUGGCGGAGCAGGCGGCGGCGCUGCGGGCCGAGUACGAGCAGCAGCUGGAGGCGGCACGUGCGGAGGCGGAGGCGCAGCGGCUGCAAGAGCUGGCGGCGCUGCGGGCGCAGCACGAGCGCGAGAUGGACGAGCUUCGCCGUGGCUUGGAGACUCAGCUGGAGGACCGUCAGCGCGCCCUGCAGCAGGCGCUGGGCCUGGUGGCGGCGCUGCAGCUGCAGGUGCAGGAGCUGCUGCGCCAGCAGCAGCAGCAGGGCGGCGCCGCCGACCCCAAGGCGGCAGCAGAUGCCGCAGCCGCCGUUGCCGCCGCGUCGGCGGCGCUCGCCGCCGGUGUGCUUCCGCCGACCGGUGCUACUGGCGGCACCGUUGUGGCGAACAAUGUCGUGCCCAGCAUGGGCAUCAGCGCUGCUGGCGGCCCCGGCGGCCCCAGCGGCCCUGGCGGUGCUGCAGGUCGUGCGGAUGGUCCGGCCGGCGGCUCGGUUGACGGCAGCUGGGGUGGUGGCUCGGGCACCCGCGGCAUGCCCGGCGCACCGCCGCCCGGAGGCGGUCAGGUGGUUGGCGCUGGCGGCGGUGGCGUUGCCGUUGCCGGCACCGCGCCCGCCCCCACAGCUACGCCUGCUGGCUCGGCCACGCCCGGCAAGCAGCCCACUGCCCCCGCACCGGCACCCACCGUGCCCUCCACUGGCGUCAGCCGUACCGGCUCUGGCUCGGGCAACCUGGUCACUGCCUCCGCCGCUGCUGCCGCUGCCAAGCCCGCACCGCCGGCGCCGGCCCAGUCGCCACCGCAGCCGGCCGACAAGAAGGGCAGCGGCGGCGGCCUGCUCGGCGGCAUAUUUGGCAUCUUCGGCGGCAAGAAGCAGCCGCCGGCGCAGCCGGGUGCGACGCCUGCGGCCGCUGCUCCCGCGGCCGCCGCCGCGCCAGCGGCGGCGCCGCCGCCGGUGAAGCCGCCCAGUUCGGCCCUUGACGCGCCGCGGUCCAUGCCGCUGAGCGAGGUGGGCGACGGCGACUCCGACAACACCUCCCUCAUGGCGGCGGCGCUGUACAAGGAGAUGCUGACGCGGCGCCGGCGCAACAGCCCCACCAGCAGCGCCACCGCCAGCCAGGAGCAGGAGGAAGAGGAGGAACGCGCAGCGACGCGCGCGGCGGCCGCACUGGUGCCCGCACCGGCGCCCGGCAGCACGGCUGGCAGCAAGUGGCGCGGUGCGCCCCGGCCGGUGGUGGACAAUGCCAAGAAGCUGGGGUCGCGGCAAGCGCUGGCGCCUGGCGAGAGCGUGCCGUCGGCCCAGGCGGUGUACGCGUGGGCGGCGGUGGUGUCGUCGCUGCCGCUGGCGCUGGUGCAGCGGAGCAUGGAUGAGAUGAAUGACGCAGCGGCCAGGUCGAAGUCGGCGCAGGCCGCGCAGGCGGCCAUGCAGGCGCAGGCGGGCGGCAAGGCGGCUGCCGCCUCGACUCGUGGAAAGGAUUCCACUUGAGGUGAUACGUCGCCGCCACAGUGAGCACGUGCGGCGCGCGAGAGAGGUAUUGG